AGAAGGUGAGGGCCGCUUGAAAUGAAAACAAUGUCAAAUCCGAAAUGGACCCCAACCGGGCCGUCGGAUGACACCUUCAGGACAGACAAAUGAAGGGUAAAAAACGAAACUUUAGACGGAAGGGAAGCCCUUCUCUCGCCCACCAAAUACAUUCAUUGACUAGAAAAGACUCCUUCCUUGCUUCCGCCGUGUGCCGUCUUGAAGGAAUUUAAAGUACUUUUUCGUGGUUUUCGCCCCAAAAGACGGGGAGGGAUUAUACCAGAUUCAAAGCACUCGAGGGAGGACUAAUCUGGCUGUCUCCUUUUGACCGUCCCGAGCAGAAGGCUUUCCCCAUCACCAAGUCUCGUCCUUUUCCAUCGGAUUUGUGCGGAGUCUCUGCUCAGAAGAGCAAGAAGGGGUGUGUGCGGGAAUGGCGGCUCCGGGGAACGGGAAUGCGAUCGGAGGAGGAGGAGGAGGGGGAGGGGAUGCGUGGAGGGCGCACGCGGCCCUGGUGGUGGUGCAGCUCUGCUACGGAGGGUACCACGUGAUCACCAAGCUCGCCCUCAACGUCGGCGUCAAUCAGCUCGUCUUCUGCGUCUUCCGGGACAUCCUCGCGCUCUCGAUCCUCGCCCCCAUCGCCUACGUCCGCGAGAAAAGGAUGCGGCCUCCCAUGACCAAACGCCUCCUCUUGUCAUUUGUCUUCUUGGGAUUUACUGGGAUUUUUGGCAACCAGUUGCUGUUUCUUAUUGGUCUUAGCUACACGAAUCCAACUUAUGCAGCUGCCAUUCAGCCUGCCAUUCCUGUCUUCACCUUCCUCUUAGCAGUAAUGAUGGGUACAGAAACAGUGAAUUUGCUUAAGAUUGAGGGUCAGGCAAAGGUUGGAGGCACUCUUCUCUCUGUUUGCGGUGCAGUACUGAUGGUUGUGUUCCGUGGCCCUGCUUUGAUUGGAUACAAGGAAGCAGAUUUUGCUGCACACAGUGAAAUUAUAGCCAGGGGUCAACCGGAGCCGAUGGGAUGGCUCUUAUCCAGCUUCUUGGAGUUUGGGAUUGAAGAUUGGCACCUGGGGAUUCUGUGUUUGAUAGGAAAUUGCAUGUGCAUGGCCGCCUUCCUAGCUAUUCAGGCUCCAGUUUUAGCCAAAUAUCCUGCAAGCCUCUCCGUAACAGCAUAUUCAUACUUCUUUGGUGCUGUAUUUAUGGUAACUUCUGCAUUUUUCAUGACAAGCGACUCAACAGAAUGGAGCCUGACACGGUCGGAGCUUUUUGCUGUCAUUUAUGCUGGAGUAAUUGCAUCAGCUCUUAACUAUGGACUGUUGACAUGGUCAAAUAAGAUCCUUGGACCAGCUCUGGUUGCUUUGUACAUGCCACUUCAACCUGCUGCAUCUGCCUUUCUGUCAAGAGUAUUCCUCGGGAGUCCUAUUUAUUUGGGGAGUGUCAUUGGAGGAGCUCUUAUUAUCGGGGGACUUUAUGUGGUCACCUGGGCAUCCUUCAGAGAAAGACAAGCCGUGAUCGCGAUUCUUCCUCAUGUCGUUCGAUCAUCAGAAUCUCCAGUUCACAAAGAUGGCCCGAUUAACAAGUUGUCUGACCAGAGAGGACUCAUUUUCUCAGGAUCUUCUACAUCGUUACACAAAGCAUUGGAUUGAUCUCAGACAUCAGGGACGUCGUUUUCAGCGACAGCCUUAUGGAUUUUCCAGACGAAGUAUGUGUACGAAGUCCCGGGUCAUUUUAGCUGAACUUUGGAAAAGGUUCCCCCUUGAACCUGCUGAUCCUGCUGGAGGUGCCCUGCCUUGUACCUGUUGCUCUACCUGAACAUGUUUGGGGGAAGGAAUUGGAGGCAGGAUAGAAUGCAGAGCUGGAGCACCCGUUGCAGUUUCUGUGUUGGGUGGGAGCUUUUGGAGGAGGCUAUCAUUAGGCUUCAUUUGUUACGCCGAAAGACUAGUUGUUGGAAAACAUGUUUCUUGUCCGUUUGGUGUUGAUGAAGAGGACGAGAGAAAUAUAAGUUGUGCUUGAAUUCUAGAUAAUGAUUCCUGUCUCUUAAAAGCGGAAAUAACUUUUCAAAACAGAA